GCUGAGCAAGCAGUUGGGGCCAACAUGGAGUCGGAAGAAGCCGACUCAGUAUGCCAGGCGGAGGAAGCCAGCGCCAAAGACUCGGCGCCGGCGGAUGCAGUGCGGGCCGAUGCAGCAGCCAGCAGAGCAGUGCUGGACAAUGCAGUGCCCGCUGAUGCAGCGCCUGUGGAGGGUGCAGUGCCUCCCAAUAGCGAUGCGGCUGAGGCCGAGGCGGAGUGGUACUUUCAGGAGCCCAUCACCCGGCAGCCGGCGGGUCCCUGGACGAUAACGCAAAUGCGCACCAGGUGGCAGCGGGACCAGAUCAAUGGCCUCACGCCUGUGUGGCGCAACGGCAUGCCCAGCUGGCGGCCCAUCGCAGAGCUGCCGGAGCUCAAGGAAGCGCUGAGGGAAGCAGUGGAGGAGGAGCGGCCCCCGAAGAGGCGGCGUACGCUGGAAGAGGUGCCCAUCACCCACACCUACACCUCGGACGAGGGCCAGCUCUACAUGGCCGCCGCCUUCUGCGAGCAGUUCGGGCUCCGAUGUCCCGUGAUCAUGGCGCCCAUGGCGGGGUCCUCCCCGGUGGCGCUGGCCAGCGCGGUGGCGAGUGGAGGCGGCAUGGGCGCCUGCGGGGUGCUGGCCAUGUCGCCGGAGCAGAUCGCCGGCUGGGCGGCGGGCUUCCGAGCCGCGGGCGGGGGCCCGCUGCAGAUGAACACCUGGGUGCCGGACCCCCCGCCCGCGCGGGACGCGGACCAUGAGCAGCGGGUGAGGGACUUCCUGGGGCGCUUCGGGCCGGCGGUGCCCUCUGCGGCCGGAGACGCCCAGCCGCAGAACUUCGACCUACAGAUGGAGGCGAUGAUCGAAGCGGAGCCGGCGGCGAUCUCGUCCAUCAUGGGCGUCUUUCCGGAGCAGUGGGUGCGGCGCCUGCAGCGCCGCGGCAUCCGGUGGCUGGCGGUGGCCACCACGGUGCGGGAGGCCCAGGCGGCGGAGGCGGCCGGCGCGGACGCCAUCGUGGCCCAGGGGAUGGAGGCCGGCGGGCACCGGGGCGCCUUCCGCGCCGAGCGCGCGGAGUCGGAGCUGGUGGGCCUCUUCGCGCUGGUGCCCGCCAUCGCCGAGGCCGUGAAGGUCCCAGUGAUCGCCACCGGGGGCAUCGGGGACCCAAAGACUGCGGCGGCGGCGUUGGUGCUGGGGGCCUCCGCGGUGCAGGUGGGCACCGCGCUGCUGCGGUGCCCGGAAGCGAAGCUCAACGAGCACUGGGCCGAGGCCUUGGCUCAGCGGCCCUGGCCCGAGGACACGGCAGCCACGCGCGCCUUCUCCGGGCGCUUGGGCCGCAGCUUGCGGACGGCUUAUGUGCAGGCGGCCGAGGCGCCGGACGCCCCGCGCCCGGCGCCCUACCCUGUGCAGCGGGGCCUCACCAAGCCGAUGCUCCGCUGCAGUUUCGCUGGUCCUGGGGAGGAUGCAGAGCGCCGCCACCUCGGUGGACACGGUGAUGGCCUGGGCGGGCCAGGCGGCGCGGCUGGCGCAAGACCGCCCGGCCAAGGAGGUUGUGGAGGACAUUUGGAGUGGGGCGAGGGAGAUCCUUGA